AUUCAAAGUUGAUCUUUGAGCGACAUUCUUAUUUUAUUCAUCUUCUUAUAGUACUUCUAGAAAGAUGAUGGCGUUUAUUUUUCGGACUUCUUCUUGCUGGCUGGUGGUCCAGCAUUUCUUGUGCUGGUAUACCUAUAAUACGUGGUUCUGGUCUCUUAUAGGAGCCAGCAUGACUGGCGAAGCUGCUGGACCUGGAGCGGUGGAAUAUCAGGCCCAAUAUCCUGCGUCUGGACCUGGAGGUGAGUAUCAAACCGCGCACGAGGAUGUGGUCAGAUUGUUAGUGUCAAAAGACCCAACUUUUUCCGAGGAGGAGAUGAGAGGGCAGCUGGCUGCAGCUGAGGGGCAUGACGCAGCGUUUUUUACUAGUGCCGGAAAAGCAGGUUUUAGUGCGGGAGCAGCAGGUUCUUUAGCAACAAUACAACAGUCAGAAGCACAGCAGGCACAACAGGGGUCUUCAUCGGCACAGCAGCCACAGGUUGAUCGUCGCAAAACUACUACACCUCCGAAGAUGAAGUUCGAGCAGAAAAAAAGCGAUCAAGUUGAGGCAGAAAUGAAGAAGUCAGUGUUCUAUCCGUUGUCUUACGAAUGUCCUAAGUUGUUUCCGUUCCCGCCAUGCCGCUUGGUCAUGGAGACGGUCCCGAAGUCGUGCAAUCUCUACUACCACGCGAACCGAUGCAGUAGCUGGACCUCAGGUGGCGAGUUCGACUUGGAUCCCCACGUCCGGG